UUAGACGAGUUAUCAGCUUAGUGAGACAGAGGUUGUAUAAAUAUCGCGAUGUCGAGUCAAUGCAGAGAUGCAAUUGAGCUUGUUCUUGUUAUAGGCCAAUUCCUAGAUAUCGCAUACAAUUAUGACAGCAAUGAAGCCCAUCCUUACGCCAACAUUGCUUGCAGCGAUUCGAAAGCAACCAAAUCUACCACGUAAUACAUGGUACUUUAUCACUGCUACCACUCUAUCGGCCCUCAACAGGCCGGAGGAGCUGCCAGAGGUCUUCAAGAAUGCCACAGGGGAAGGCUCAGACACUACUGGGAACGGUGUUCCGAGCCGGGACGAUCAGUUGCGCAUCUCUAGACGUCUCAGAGAAGCCCUCUUAAAAGCUUCUGCCGUUGGAGGCAUGCCCAAGUCGAUUAAUGCUCUGAUGUCCCUAAAGUCCACAACCCCUGAAGACCUACUAGACGAACCAGGAACGGGUAUAUCUAUCAGACAUAAGGACAUAUACGAUACUGCACCAGCAAAAGUGCUCGAGCGAGGACAAACCUUUUUCGAAGCCAUAUAUGGCAAAAUUUCCAGACGUAUAAUGGGUCAACUAGACUGGUCAGGUGCACCAGACUUGGGCUUGUUGGCGAGGUUGACAUAUGGGUAUGUACUCAGCAACACUGAUGUGCUUACACCGGCCGAAACUUCAUUCGUACUCAUUGCUAGUCUCAUUCCCCAAGAUGUGAACCCUCAACUCAAGGGGCAUUUGCGGGGUGCACUCAAUGGAGGUGCCAGUGUAGAUGAGGUGAGAGCCGUUAGAGACGUAGUUAUUAAGAUUUGUGAAGCGUCAGGAAUGAAGAGGCUCGAAGAGGAUGCCAUUGGGGGAUGGGGUUGGAGAAGUGAAGUUGCGAAUGUAUAAAAGAUACUUGGAUCUCGGGGCUUUGAGCUUACCCUAAACCAUAUAGGCUGCGUAGCAGGAGAUCACAACUGGGCACAUACCAAGUAGUACCACUCUGAACCUCGAAGGCAUGUUAGAAUUGAGGUCAUGUACUACUGCAAGGGAUAGCGGUGUUUUAACUGUGAGUGUUAUCAACAUGUCC